GGGGGGCUUGUUUGAGAUAACAUCAAAAUUGAUGAGUUCAUAUGUAAAUGCAUACAAGUUAGCAGGGUGGGUUUUCCCUGGAGAGAGAGAGAAAGGUAUUAUUGAGAUGCAUGAGCCAGCAGCCAAUAGGAAGGAGGAAGCAUCCUCAUCAGUGGAUCAACGUGGAUGCCCUCAGAUGACCGGACACUCCUCACACACACUCUCACACACACUCACUGUCUGGUCCACUUGAAGAAGAUUCUUCCUGCUUGUGUGUGGGGGGUAGGAGGGGGGUUAUGACAGCAAGUUUCACUGUGCAGCACCUCUAAAUUGGCAGCAAGGUAAGCUUCUUUAAAAAAAAAAAAAAAAAAAAAAAUCAAAACGUGCUGAUUUUUGUUUGUGCGUGUUUUAAUGGGCUUCUUGUAUUUGCGGAUUUAUUUCAAAUUAAAUGUUGCAACUUCUAUAAUAUAGAUUCAGGGUUAAGGUCUAUAAAGACAUUAAAGCUUUCGGAAUGUUGACCUCAGUUCUGGCUGGCCUGAAUGAGUGUCAUGACCCUGAUUUGUAUCUCUGAACUGGCUGAAUGCUUCUUCAAAUACUCACACAACGGUGAUGAAUGUGUUAUUUUUUGUGGGAUGAAGGGUGGAAAUUUAGAUUAAACUUUUGCAGGGGGGGUCCCAAAAAAUGAUUUAAGUAUGCUUAUUAUCCUUUGAUUUAAGCAAAGUGUUAUGAAAUGAAGAUUUCUUGAACCUAAAUAAAUUCACUUUUCUUUAUCCUUAAAGUAAACUGAUUAGCUGUCUUUGCAGAUAAUCACAAAGUGCUUUACAAUGCAAAGCGGUAUUCAUUAAUUAAAUAGGAAAAUUAACGUUACCUUCAUGAAUUUUCAAAACAAACUAAAUAAACUAAGUGUAAAUGUGCUCAAAGUGUGUAUUAACCUGUAUUUUGUUAGGACACAGUUCCAUCCAUCCCUCAUGUUGCUCACCCUGUCCAGCCUCCCUUCAGCGCCCAAGGACAGGAUCCUCCAGGCGGACAUGCUCAAGACAAGUCCCGCCCGGGGCUUCUUCCCCGCCCCUCUCCACCAUCACCACCACCAUCCGUAUAUGGACCUAUUCCCUCGGACUCACGGCCUCCUUCACCCCAUCAAGUCGCCCUCCGCGCUGGUGCUCAACCCUUACCUCCAGCAGCAGCAGCGGCCCAUGUUAGCAGGCCCGGGGCUGCCAUUCCUCGGACACCUCAUGCAAAGUCACCCGCGGUGCUCGUCCAAGGCGGAGGAGCUGGCCGCGGUGGUGACCGAGCACGCCGCAGGUCCUCUCUCACUUUCAGACUUGAGUUUUAGCAGUCCAGCCGGGGGUAACGGCAGCGAGAGGUCGCCCUGCGCUUCCGCCUCGCCACCCAAGCAGAUGCUCCGCAGCAGGGCUCCGUCCCCGGAGAAGAGAGGCCGCUUCCACUUCAGCGAGGACGACUUGUUCGCGGUGCUGUACGGGUACUCGGCGGGCCCGGAGCGAGGCCGUGGCGGUGCUGGCGGAGGCCACGCUAUUUCAGGGGUGAACCUGCCGGACAAAGAAGGUGCAAACAGUCCCAUCAUCCCACUGGACAAGGAUGCUCUGGAUCUUCCUGAGGGUCUGAGCAUCGUACAGGCAUGCUGGGGCAACGUGUCUCACUGCAGCGUGUUCACUGACGCCGAAAGCAGCGUUCCCAAAGGCACACGUUUCGGACCCUUCCGGGGGAAACUGGUUAACACAAGCGAGAUGAAGACCUACGACGACAACACUCUCAUGUGGGAGGUAUUUGAGAACGGCCGCCUAAGCCACUUUGUGGAUGGCCGUGGCGGCUCAGCCAACUGGAUGUCGCUGGUCAAAUGCGCGCGCUUCGCUGAGGAGCAGAAUCUGGCGGCGUUGCAGGUCAAAGGUCAGAUCUUCUACGAAGCCUGCAAGGAGAUCAAAGGCGAGCAGGAGCUUCUGGUGUGGUACGGAGAUGGCUACGUGCAGUUCUUGGGCAUCCCGCUCACCCUUAGGGGUCCUGAAGAGGACUACGACACCCUACCUCCCGCUGAAGAUGCCAGUGAGGGUUUCAAAUGUGACCGGUGCGGCAAGGUGUUUGCCUACAAGUACUACCGGGACAAGCACUUGAAAUACACGCGUUGCGUGGACCAGGGUGACCGCAAGUUCCCGUGCCACCUAUGCACCCGUUCUUUCGAGAAGAGGGAUCGCCUGCGCAUACACAUCCUCCACGUGCAUGAAAAACACCGGCCACACAAGUGCACAGUGUGUGGAAAAAGUUUUUCUCAGUCGUCCAGCCUCAACAAACACAUGCGAGUCCACUCGGGAGAACGUCCCUACAAGUGUGUCUACUGCAACAAGGCCUUCACUGCCUCCAGCAUUUUGCGCACGCACAUCCGCCAGCACUCUGGAGAGCGGCCCUUCAAGUGCAAGCACUGCGGCAAGGCCUUCGCCUCCCACGCGGCGCACGACAGUCACGUCCGGCGGACUCACGCCCGGGACAAGCCGUUCCCCUGCGACUUGUGCGGGGCUUCCUUCCAGGAGGAGCCUGAGCUCAAGUUCCACGCCAUAAGUCAUAAAAGUAGACAAAUCUUGGACAGCACGAUUCUCAAUCCAGGAACUGGCUCAGCGGAGGAAUCUAUGUUGGACCAUGCAAAAAGUCAAACAAAUGUCAAAAUAAAUUUGCAACCUUACACUGGAAAAACGCCUUUAAAUCCUGAAUAUCGUCCGUGGAACUAAAGCCAAACAAGUUUAUUGUCCUAUUUGUACUCUGACAAGCGUCAAGUUUCUUUUAAAUGGUUUACCAUCGUAACUGUUUAAGAAGAUUUUGCUGUAUUGAGGCACACGAUCAAGCAAACGUGUGCUAAAAUGUUUAUAGUGAUGUGAUCAGUGCUGUAAAUUGUGAACCCAGAUUUGUAUUUCAUGUAUUAGUUCCAACGUCAAAGUCUUAUUAUCAUUAUUAUUUGAGCUUUUUUGUUAAGGAGCAUUUAUCGCAUUUAGCUAAU